GGGCGCUUAUCGGUUGGAUCUCCUCCCCAGAGUCACGCCUUCAUCAAUCCACGGGGUUCUGGAACAGUGGAACCUCUGCUCUACUAGUACCAUUAGUUGCCUUAUAACCCGACCGCCUCGACAACAGCCCUGCGCGCUGUCUACCUGACCUACCACCGUCCCCCGACGACAGCAUCACUACUUCUACACCUCACAUCACCUUCAUUCCCUUUUCGCCACUGAGUGUGCCCUUGUACUCUGGCAUACCGAGAUGGGUUCCAACAGCGGCAGAACAACAAAGCUCGCCUUGGUCCCGCUGCCCAAAGGAUCGGUCCUACUCCCUGGGGUCACGCUACGGAUUCCCAUCUCCAAUCGCCCGGAUCUCGCCAAUCUUCUUUCGACCAUCGUUGAUCGAUCGGCCGUGGCAAAGCGCGAUGGGACACCGAUCACCUUUGGAUGCAUUCCCCUCAGUUCGCCGUUCCUGAGUAAAGACGGCCAGCGACUUAUUGAGGAUGGAAGCCUAGAUGAAGAAAGGAGGGAGGAAUAUGAGAUGAUUGAUGCUGGGCAGGCAAGGAAGGAAGAUCUGUUCCGGCAUGGCACUGUCGGCAGAGUGAUCGGCAUCCAGCGUCGUGCCUAUUCUGAGCCGGCUCUUGUGGUUCAGGGAGUCCAGCGGUUCACUGUCAGGCGUGUCUUGAAGGAGAGACCUUUCUUCGAAGCUGAAGCUGUUGUUCUUGAUGAAAAAGAAACAGUCUCCAGUGAUACGGAAACCUUCGACUUGUUUCAACAAUUGCGACUACUUUCUCGCGAGCUCCUGACCCUGCUGCGACUGUCUUCACUGCUGCCUUCUCCAGGAACCCGUUUGUCGCCCAUCAUUGCUCGGAAAUUCGAGCUAUUCAUAGCCAAGUCCGACGUCUCCCACGCAGGCAGACUGGCUGAUUUCAUGGCGGACGUCGCUGAAGCCGGUUUUGAAGAGAAGCUUCGAAUCCUGGCGUCGCUAGACGUUAAGAUUAGACUAGAGCGAGUUGUUGAAAUCCUGACCAGGCAACUACAGAACAUCAAGAGUAACGUGAAGGUCACUACGAUUACUACCAACAGCUUCCCCAGUUCUGGAUUUGACAUCAGCCAGAUUGAUCCCCGGGACCGUGAGCUUCUGGCCAGAAGGGCCAUGGCUGGUCUGAGCGGUCUAACGCCACCGGGAGUUUCAGCUAGUCGAAACAAUGACGGUGAUGACAAGGACUCAAACGAAGUCGAUGAGCUCCAGGAGAGAUUGCAGGAGGCACAGCUUAGCCCUGAGGCACGGAAAGUUGCCGAUAAGGAACUCCGCCGUCUUCGGAAGAUGAACCCAGCAAAUGCGGAGUACGGUGUCUGCCGAACCUACCUCGAAAACAUUGCGGACAUCCCAUGGACUAAGGUUACUGAGGAUCAGCUUGGACCGGAGACCUUGAAGAGAGCCAGGAAGCAACUAGAUGAUGAUCAUUAUGGCUUGGAGAAGAUCAAGAAACGGCUUCUCGAGUACUUGGCCGUGCUGCGGCUCAAGCAAUCUACCAACAGAGAUGUUGAGCGCCAAAUUGAGUCAUUGUCGAAGGAGCUCGAGGCUUCCGAUGGAGGCGAUCUUGAGAAGGAAGUUCCUGCUUUGUCCGAGUCGGACCGGGUCGCUGUUGAAACGAGGCUGCAUCUAUUGAAGUCCAGACGCAUGGGCGACAAGUCCCCGAUCCUCCUGCUUGUCGGACCACCUGGUGUUGGCAAGACCAGCUUGGCACGAUCCGUCGCUGCAUCGCUUGGUCGCAAGUUCCAUAGAAUCUCCCUGGGUGGCGUGAGAGACGAGGCAGAAAUCCGAGGUCAUCGGAGAACCUAUGUUGCCGCGAUGCCGGGGCUGAUCGUCAGCGGAUUGAAGAAAGUUGGCGUCGCAAAUCCCGUGUUCUUGCUUGACGAGAUCGACAAGGUCGGGGGCGCAAAUUUCCAAGGAGACCCAUCGGCAGCCAUGCUGGAGGUCUUGGAUCCCGAGCAGAACCAUACGUUCUCGGACCACUACAUCAACAUCCCCAUCGACCUGAGCAAGGUCCUUUUCAUUGCCACGGCCAACUCUUUGGACACCAUCCCCGCACCACUUCUUGACCGCAUGGAGACCAUCUCACUGUCUGGCUACACCACUGUUGAGAAACGACACAUUGCUAAGAGACACCUUAUCCCCAAGCAAGUCAGGUCCAACGGGCUUUCGGAUGGCCAGGUGGAUCUGUCUGACAACAUUAUUGACAAGGUUAUUACUUCCUAUACCAGAGAGUCUGGUGUUCGUAACCUGGAGCGUGAGCUUGGCUCGAUCUGUCGGUUCAAGGCUGUUCAGUAUGCGGAUGCGGGAGAUGCAGACCGGCUUGAUGCAUACAACCCUGUGGUGACCAUGGAUGACCUGGAAGAGAUUCUUGGCAUUGAGCGCUUUGAUGAAGAGAUUGCAGAAAAGCAUGGUCGACCGGGUGUUGUUACUGGGCUCGUUGCGUAUUCCACUGGUGGCCAAGGUAGUAUCCUGUUUAUUGAGGUUGCAGACAUGCCGGGCAACGGCCGGGUCCAGCUCACUGGCAAGCUGGGUGAUGUACUCAAGGAGAGCGUGGAGGUGGCUCUAACCUGGGUCAAGGCCCAUGCGUUUGAGCUUGGACUGACCGCGGAUCCUAACGAGGAUAUCAUGAAGAACCGCAGCCUGCACGUCCACUGCCCAUCCGGAGCCAUCCCGAAAGACGGCCCCUCGGCCGGUCUGGCGCACACGAUCGGCCUGAUUUCGCUGUUCACCGGCAAGGCGGUCCCGCCCAGCGUUGCCAUGACUGGUGAAGUGUCGCUCCGAGGCAAGGUGAUGCCCGUUGGCGGUAUCAAGGAGAAGCUCAUCGGGGCGCUGCGUGCCGGCGUCAAGACCGUCCUGCUGCCCCAGCACAACCGUAAGGACGUCAAGGACGUACCCCAGGAGGUCGGCGAAGGGCUUGAAAUUGUCUAUGUCACACAUAUCUGGGAGGCCAUCCGACAGGUGUGGCCCGACGCGCACUGGCCUACUCAACACACCAACUUUAUCGAGAGCCGGCUGUAAUCCAACCCGAUCCCUCGCCAUCAUAACUCCGCCACGACAGAAUGCCUGUGUAGAUACUUGAGUUCCUUUUCCCGUAUUUUCUUGUUGAGCGCAGCGACCCCCUUCCUUACCCAGCGGUUGAUAUUUUGUGACCCAUUCCCAACAUAUGAUAAACUUGGAUAAAUACCAUUUCCAUCCCAUCUCAACCAAAUCAAAGAAGCCCAUCCUCAGAAUGAC